AUGCACAAGUCCCACCAGGUCAGGGAUUUGGACAAGUCCCAGUUGCGCCAAAUGCACAAGCCUAUGAUAAAUGAACUCAUAUUGAUACCAUAUUAUGUGCCAUAUUAUUUAUCACAGGCAAUUCUUUCAAUCCCACCAGGUCAGGGAUUUGGACAAGUGCCACAAGGUCAAACAUAUGGACAAGGUUUACAAAAUAUGUCAUCAUAUUAUCCACAACAAGGUGGUGCAUCAAAUUUGUCAUCAUAUCCAACACAAGGACUAACUAUGCCAUUAUAUCAAUCACAAGGUGGUGUAUCAAACAUGUCACCAUUUUCACAAAAAGCACAAAUUAUGUCAUUAUAUCCUUCACAAGGUGGUGCAUCUAACAUGUCACCAUUUCCACAACAAGGCCAACAAAUUCAAGCAUACGGACAAAUCCCACCAGGUCAGGGAUUUGGACAAGGUGGUGUCUCAUAUCAACAAAUUGUUCCAUAUCAACAAGGCGGUGCUUCGAUUGAAUCGAGUGGGGCAAUAGUCCCACAAGGUCAGGGAUUUGGACAAAUAAUUCCACAAGGUCAGGCAUAUGGACAAGGCCAACAAAUUUUGCCGAAUGGACAAGUGUCACAAAUCGCGCCAUUUUGUCAACAAGGUCCGCCUAUUUAUCCACAACAACCCCCAAACAGCAUGCCGCGUAAACAACCCCCAAAUAGCAUGCCACAUGAACAACGGGUCGACAUAGAAAUUGAAUGUGAAUAUUCUUCUUCUGAAUCGGAUGAUAGUGAUGAGGAACAUCAUGGACAUUUAAUUCCAGACACCAGAUAUGAUCCACAUUUAAAGAUAAGGGAAAUAUAUAACCCUAACUUAAAACUAUGGGUUCCUUAUAACAAGAAAAAUUUGGCUGAUUGCCAAAAAGGCGGUGAUCAAGAGAAAGUUUACUGGGAUGCCAAAUGUAAUAAAGUGAUUGUAAAUGACCAUACUGCCACAUCUCAUCAUUGAAUACAUACAUAUAUAUACACCAGAAUGGAUUCAAAGGCGUCAUAACAAUAUCCAGUUUAUUUUAAAUACAGAACACUUGUCAUUAAAUUGUGUAUACUUUUCCACUAACCUCAUUAUAUUUUCAUUAAA